AUAGCUGUCCCUCUUCACAGCUCGCUUAUUCAACACAAACUCUCAACACGUGAACAUCACAGUAAGAUUCUAAAAAAAAUCAAUCGGCAAAAUAUCAUCAAACAUGGCCGUUGACUGCAUCGAUAGCUCGGAUUACGUGAGCAAAAUAUUAUCGGACAGGAGAAAGGCAAAGAAACCAAUGAUGGAAAAACUGCGAAGAGCAAGAAUUAAUGACAGCUUGAACGAACUUAAAGUCCUUGUGCUGGAACUUCUAAAUAAAGAUGCUUCAAGAUAUUCGAAAAUGGAGAAAGCUGAUAUCCUAGAGAUGACAGUCGGCUACCUUCGAGCCGCCCAGAGGAUAGAGAAGCGAACUCAAGGUUCUACACCACCCUCUGAUUUCCGUGCUGGAUUCAACGCAUGCGCAGUAGAAGUAUCGAAUCGUCUCUCUCCUGCGGAUGCGAAUACUGAUAACCUACGAGAAACACUGCUCUCCCACCUUGUCACAGGUUGCCAUGGGAACACCACUCCUCAGUCGCAGACCCUGGUAGCUCCGAGCUUUUCCUCCGGCACCAUGUGGGUUCCAUACCCCUCUCCGCCACCCUCACCCAUCAACCAAUCAUCGAGCUUCGUCAACGCCGCCUUGCGCGAGGUUUCACGACCGCUGUCCCCUGUGAGCCCGUGCAGCAGAUCGCCGGCGCAGACGACUAUCGUCAGCACAACGCGAAAAACAACAGAAAGGAGAACCGCACUGUGGCGCCCAUGGUGAAACCUUCAAUAACUCUGUCACGGAAAUAAUCAAAGACAAUGAAAUCAAAGACUUGUGACAAUUUAUUUUCUUAGCUGAAUGCCGGAAGUUCUUUUUUGUACAUAAAAAGCAAAUCAAAGCUGCAAAGCCGCCGAAAAUGUAAAUAGGUUAUAUUUUGACAAAAACAUUUUUAUCAGAUACAAAUUUUUAUGUCAAUAUUUGCUGCAAAGCAGAAACAAUCAGAGAGCGAGAUAAAAAAUGAAGAAAUUA